AUGGAUUUGAGACGGCAAUCAAUACCAACGUCCAUCUCUAUCGCCGUGCUUGGGGCGCCCAAUGUUGGAAAGACGUCCUUUGUCACUCGCUUUCUGGACGGCACAUUCCCACCAGGGCGUUCUCCCACGAGCCAAGAGACUUUCGUCCGUUUCGUGCAAACUUCAGGCGGAAGUUACCAGCAGAUACAGGUGGUGGACACCCAUGGGAUAAAAAAAGACAAAUCAGCGACAGACGAAUACAUAAAGGACAGUGACGCCUUUGUGGUCAUCUACUCUGUUGACAAACGAAAGUCUUUGAAGAAGGCCAUCAAGAUGUGUCGACGUGUUUUAGACAUUAAAGAUUCUCCAGACACCCCUAUACUUCUAGUUGGCAACAAAUGCGACCAUAAAUGCGAAACACCUAAGAAGACGGAGAAGAGAAACAAAUAUAUCCAAAAUCGGAUCAGUUGCUUUCACAUGGAAAGUAGUGCCAAGACAAACCAGAACGUUCGGCUGAUAUUUGACAUAGUAAUAGAACAUAUGCAGAACAAAGCUUUGAAAGAUACCAUCACUUCAUUGCGGAAGAGAUCUCGCGUUUCACAGUGUGUUGGCAAUGGAGACCAUCGCCCUCCGGGAAGAAUUUCUAAGGUUUCAAUUGAGACUAUCAUGGGUUUUGACAAGCCUUGUGACAAAUGA